AUGGCAAAGGCAGCAACCAUCGGUGCCGCAGCAUUGCUCGGCGGCUGCGCAUUCUUGGCCCCCAGUGCUCCAAGUGCGGCCCCUUCAGCCCCUGCGCAGCUGCGAGGUGCGCCGCCUCAAUCAAAUCGGGCGGGUUCUGCGGCUGCACCCCUGGCUGGGGCUUUCGCUUGCGUGGCUGCAGCAGCGGCUGUGAGCAGGAGGUCGGAAGCCAGCACGGCCUGCCGAGCGGCGGCCGUGAAGAAGAAGGGCGUUAAGGUGGUCCAUGGCAAGGAAAUCCCAUGGAACCUUUUCACCCCAAAAGCUCCUUACCCGGGCAAGGUCAUUGAGAACGAUGUGCACCCGCAGACCCUCACCUCAGAUACCGGGGAUGCGAAUUGGGAGACUUGCCACGUGACCUUUGACCACGGAGGCAAAGUACCAUACAUUGAAGGACAGUCGAUCGGCAUCAUUGCCCCAGGACCCGACAAGAAGGGCGAGACACCAGCAAGGAUUCGACUGUAUUCCAUCGCCUCAUCGGCUGUUGGUGACAACCAGAACUCCAAGACAGUCUCCCUGUGCGUGAAGCGUGUGGUGGAGGUUGAUGGCGAAUAUGCCAACCGUGAGAAGGGAGAGGACAAGCCAGACAAGGCUGGCACAGGCUUCCCCGACAACAAGGUGUACCGCGGCGUCUGCUCAAACCACAUUUGCGACAUGAGCCCAGGAGAUGACGUGAUGAUCACCGGUCCUACCGGCGCUGAGAUGCUCCUGCCAGAAGACCCGGAAGCCAACAUCAUCAUGCUGGCCACAGGUACCGGUAUUGCGCCCAUGCGCUCCUACUGCCGCCUCCUGUUCCAUGACGAUGCUGGUGCCAGUUCAGAUGGUGACCGCAAGUUCAAGGGCCUCGCCUGGCUCUUCAUGGGUGUCCCCUACUCCAAGUCUUUGUUGUACGACGAUGAACACGAGGCUUACAAGAAGGCGUACCCUUCCCAGUUCAAGUACGACUACGCUGUCAGCCGAGAGCAGAAGAACGCGGCAGGCCAGAAGAUGUACAUUCAGACCAAGAUGGCCGAGUACGCAGAUGAGCUCUGGGAGCUCAUGCAGGAUGAGAAGACGCAUGUCUACAUGUGUGGCUUGAAAGGUAUGGAGUCCGGCAUGGCCGAGUGCUUCGGACCCAUCGCGGAAAAGGCUGGAAAGGACUGGGCCGAGUUCGCCAAAGCCAUGAAGAAGGCUGAUCGCUACCACGUGGAGGUCUACUGA